AUGGAUACAAUUGCAAGGAGGAAGAUGCUUUUCGACGACGUAGUUAUAAUUAAUCAGGCGGAAAAGGAAGACGAAGCUACUGUAAUCACAAUCAAUUGUCCUGACAAAACCGGUCUUGGUUGUGAUCUUUGUCGCACCAUCCUCUUCUUCGGUUUGAGCAUUGUUCGCGGUGAUGUAUCUACAGAUGGAAAAUGGUGUUACAUAGUGUUUUGGGUAGUUGGGAAACCAGAUGUGUUUCUCAUCAAGUUUUGCUGCCAUGAUCGACAAGGCCUGUUACAUGAUGUGACUCAUCUUCUUUGCGAGCUUGAACUUGUAAUUCAAAGAGUCAAAGUAUCAACCACCCCUGAUGGAAUGGUGAUGGACUUGUUUUUCGUGACUGAUACAAGGGAACUUUUACAUACAACAAAACGAAAGGAGGAUACACAUGAUCAUUUAAAAGCUGUUCUUAAAGAUGAUUUGUUAAGCUGUGAGAUAAAAAUGGUGGGACCCAAUUUCACAGCAUGUUCUAAUGGCCCACCAUCUUUUAUUCCUCCAGAAAUCACAGAAGACAUGUUUAAUCUUGAAUUGUUGGAUGAAAACAAACAUGAAAGUGUUUCAGUUUCAGUUUCAGUUUCAGUCAUGAUUGAUAACUCCUUAAGUCCUGCUCAUACACUUGUCCAGAUUGUUUGCCAUGAUCACAAAGGAGUCCUCUAUGAUAUAAUGAGAACUUUGAAAGAUUACAACAUUCAGAUAUCAUAUGGGAGGUUUAUGAAGAAAGAUAGAAAAAUUUGUGAACUUGAUUUGUUUAUAGUACAAGCUGAUGGAAAGAAGAUUGUGGAUCCAAAUAAACAAAGUGCAUUGUGUUCUAGAAUCCGUAUGGAAUUAGUUCGCCCUUUGAGGGUAGGUUUGGUCAACCGUGGGCCCGACACAGAGUUGGUUGUUGCAAAUCCGGUGGAGUUAUGUGGGAAAGGGAGGCCGUUGGUAUUUUACGAUAUUACCCUUGCUCUCAAGAUGCUGAAUAUGGACAUAUUUUCGGCUGAAAUUAGUAGGCAUUUGAUUGGAGGGAGAGAAUGGGAAGUUUAUAGAGUUUUAUUGAAUGAAGGGGACAAAUUGUGUGUGCAGAAGGGUAAGAUUGAGGAAGGGGUUAGGAAAAUGUUGAUGGGUUGGGAUCGAUGAUGAUGAUGAUAGUGGUAUUAUUGUAAAUACAAGAAAGGAGAGGAUGAAAGAGGUAAAAAUCACUUCUUUGUAAAUACACGUCUUUGUAAAUAUGUUUGAUAUACAAUUCAAAACUUUGGAAUAGGUAUAACAUGUGUGACGUGACUUUGACUUUUUCAUACACAUGAUGACAUGCAAUGCAUGAUGGUAAACUAUCAUACAUGACUUCCAUAAGCGUAAAACAUUUGAGAAGAAUAUGUAUUUAAUACUACAAGAAGUCUAAAAUAACUGAUAGGCCAUUAAAGGAUAUUAGUUGAUACAAUUGAAAUCCUAACAACUCCUCUCCCAAACCCUAAUUUAGGGUUUCCCUUUCUAGUUCUACAUAAACAUACUAAAGAAAUUGAAAUUGAUAUUCGUUUUGUUUGUGACAAAGUGGCUACGAGUGAAUAUUAAACAUAUAUUGUAUUUGUUUUAUAUUUGUAUCUUAGCUUUGCAUUUCUAUCUGUAUAAAUCCAAUGUUUGUAUGGAAUGAGAAUCAUUGGGCUAAACUGACCAAAUCACAUAUUGUAACUUUUACUAAAGCUCCAAAUAAAAACUAAACCAAAAUACAUAAUAUCUUUGCCGUUGAACUAAAAAAAUUAAAGCUCCAUAAACUAACAUCUAUUACAAGUUAAAUAAGAGUUCAUUAUGCUCACAGUCGAGCUUAACAAGAGUACCGAAUAUACUCACAUAAAAAAGAAAAAAAAAUGUUGUUAUUUUAAGCAACUUACCAUCCUCUUAUAACAUAUACCCUUUACCAAAGC